AUGGACCCGCGAAAACCACCCGAGUAUAUUAUUGAAGUCUUUGCAGACCCCGCAUCUGUCAGAGAUGUCCUUAAAGGUAUCCUUCAUACAAUUUUCUUCCACCGAUAUUUCCCCUGUGUACGCCCAGAAUCAUUCGACGUCCUCGACCUUACCCUCCCCGCUAUUGACGACCAUGAACUUGAGACCCUGAUCGAUUCUCGCGUAAACACUCUUUUCCGACAACACCUCUCUCCUACACCGAAUUCCCCAAAUAGUGGUGUCCGUGGGCGCAUAGCAGUGAAAUUCUUCGAGAAGAAGCGUAGGAAGGCGGGUUUAUGGUUCGGAGGCCUCGCUGGCAACAAUGAAGAAGAAGUGUGUUGGGAGACAUGGACUCUGAACGUAACGAUGGCUACUCCGAGAACUGAGGCAGACCGUGCAAAGACCCGGAACGCCAUGGAAAAGACGCUACAUACGGCGGCGUUCAGGAUACUCGCCAUUGUCAACCAAGGGAAAGAUCAUAUACCACCCAUAACUACAAGUGACGCAAAUCCGUUUCCUUACCAAAUCAUUUUGAACCCGAAGCCUGAAAAUUGGAGCAACCGUCUUGGCCUCUACUGA